UGGCGUUCAGAGCAAUUCGAGCAGCAGGCCUAGUUAUUGGCCUUGGACUCACUGCCCUCGCCGCAUAUCGACAGACAAGGCAGGGUCAGAUGGCGUCUAGAAACCAGCAUCUCGACGCCACUACGGGUCGUGAAGUCGUAUAUUGCCACCGUUGCCGGAAUGAAUGGCACCGCGAUGAACGCCCGAAUACCUUAGAAUGCCCCAGAUGCCAUUCAGAUAUCACGGAGAUUGUACGUCAACGACAACCACCAAGGCGCAUUCGCGGCGUCUUACUAAUUAGCAUUCAGAUCUCACCCGAAAACGACCCUCGAGAAGAUGAUCAUGACUCACUACCCGAUUUGGAACACCCCAGCCAACGUCUUCAUAACCAUCAUCAUCGCCAUCAUUUCGACUCAGAUGACGACUUCGACGACGACGAUAUUGAGGAGCACAUAUUACAUGGCCCCGGUGGCUUCUUUAGCCAUCGAACAGUCUAUCGAUCUCCCGAACGUGAAGGCCCCGAAAGUGGAUCACGAACUGCGCCCAAUAAUGCCGACCAGAUAAUUCGUCGAUUCACCGAGUUAUUGGGGGAUAUCGGAGGUCCUUCUAUGGCCGGUCGAUCUGGACCGGAGACGUUGUUUGCUAGUCAACCCCCGCGAGUCACACACCAGAGAUUCUACGGCCCUGGAUUCACCGGUGGUGUCAGCAGCUUUACUAUUACCACAGGUCCCGGAAGGACCCUCCUCGAUUCUAGCCCCAGAGCAACGGGAAUAGGCGCCGAAGAUCCCUUUCAAAGGAUAUUUGGAAAUAUUAUGGGAGAAAUGGGUCCUCCGCCUAUGGGCCCUGAUGGUCCUCGCUCCCCGAAUCAAGAAGGUAGUGAUGGCAAUAACCGUCAACCAGCGGAUUUUUCGUUAGCCUUAAGUCAACUUAUAGCGAGUCUCAUAAACCCUCAAAUGGUUCAUGGCGAUGCAGUUUAUUCACAAGAGGCAUUAGAUCGUAUCAUCACAAAUCUAAUGGAGGCUAACCCUCAAUCGAACGCUCCUGCGCCUGCUUCAGAUGAAGCAAUUGCAAAGUUGCCGAGGAAGAAGUUAGAUGAAGCUAUGCUUGGACCCGAGCUAAAGGGUGAAUGUACCAUUUGUAUUGAUGAAAUGAUGGCCGGAGAUGAGGCCGUUGUCCUACCGUGUAAACAUUGGUUUCACGAGCAGUGCGUGGUAUUAUGGCUAAAGCAACACAACACAUGCCCUAUCUGCCGUGCCCCCAUUGAUGGCGAAGCUGCCGGUCGCCCUGGCGCUGCAGUUCUUAAUACACAGGGUAAUUCGAGCAGCCUUCCUCUCAGGAGAGCUCAGCCAAGCCAAAUGAGACCCGAGAGGUCCGAGAGACCCAACCAAGCUGGUCCAAGUCGACAAAGUACAUUUCGACGAGACUCGAACUCACCUCCGAUGUAUUCUGGAUCAGGACAACCGUCCAGAGUGAGAAGCCCUUCUCCAUCUAGUCGUCGCUCACCACAGAGUGAGAGGCCUCGAGAUAAUAGAGGCUCCUCUAGUAGUGGUCCGCUUAAUUGGCUUAGAGAUCGAUUUGGAGGAGACAGGCGUACUUAAGCCCCUUUUCCCUUUUAUUUACACAAACUCUUUAGGUCGUUUACUAUAUUCUAGGCAGUGUUCCGCCAUGAGUCGACAAAGUAGCAAUAAACAGUGAACAUUCAGCAAGUACCCUGUUUCCGAAGAGCACUG